AUGUAUGCUGUAUAUUCUCUUAUUUCGAUACAGUCCAUUGGCGAGGCCUCUUGCCCACUUCAUCUGUCACAUUGCUCAUUGUCAGUCGGUCAAGCCGAUCAAUGCGGUUGCCAGAGCCAAGCCGACGAUGCUGACCUCUUUGCCAUUAGUAGGCUUAUCUCUCCACGAGCCUCUCCUCCAACAGCCACCACUGAACGUCGCCUCAGCGGCCUAGAUCUUUUCUCCUCUCCUGAUCCCCCUUUGCCUCUCCUUGUAUCAACUUCUCCAACCGGCGUA